AUGCAUUGUUAAAUUAAGUCAAUGCAAAGAUAAUGAUUAAAAGAAGUAAUAGUGAUGAACAACUGCAUGUUGCAUAACACAGAGUCAAAGGCCAAAUGAACAGAGGCAAGUAUAGGGAGGGAACGAAUUGAACAAAUGCUGUGAACAAAGACACAGCCAAAAUAAAAAUUUAAAGGACAGAGAAGGAAAGAGAAAACAAUGGGAAAGACCUGCAGAUGUAAAAAUCUAGCUGCGUGUGCAGAGGAACCUUUGGACCCAAACAAAGCUGGAGGAAUAAAGAGUCUAGACGUGAAUUACAGGCCUUCAUUAUUGCUGAAUAUUCCAUUGGCACUGCAACAUGUGUUGGUACAGUCCUCUCUCUGUGUAUUAGUUGUGAGUAUGUUAAUCCAUGAAGUCCACAAAGAAAAAGUAGUGGCCCAUGUGCUCAUAAAUUCAGGCAUAUCCACACUCCUGCAGAGCUGGAUUGGAUCACGCUUACCAUUGAUCCAGGCUCCAUCUCUGGAUUUUCUGAUCCCUGCCAUGACCCUUAUUUCUGCUCAGACAGGGACUCAUGUAUCCUGCAGGGGGCAGUGUACUGAACCAGAAGAGACCGUGGCCCCAGCACACCCAAUAAGAGAGUUGAGAGGAAUGACUCUAGUUACAGGUAUGGUGCAGCUGGCUGUGGGUUUGACUGGUCUGGGUGGGUUUGCACUGGGACGGUGUGGGCCAUUAGUUUUGGCCCCGCUACUCUGCAUCCUGGGGUUUUCAAUCUACAGAGAGGCGGCCCUGCUUUGCUCUGACCAUUGGGGCAUGGCAGCACUGGCUGUUGUACUUUUGGUAAUCCUGUCUCAACACAUGCACUCCUUCCUGCGGAUGUCUUUGUUUCCGAUCUGCCGGAAGCUCUCUGUACUUCUCUCUGUGACGGUAACAUGGGCUGUUUGUGUUGCUUUGGUGAAGUGGGGAGGUGUUCAUCUUACCUCUCUGUCCCAGAUACUUUCAUCAGAGCAAAUUUUAAAUGACACAUUUAUUCGAUCCAUAAACACUUCACACCCAUCUGACAUGUCUUUCUCAAAUCAUCCUGUACCCUGGCUGGACUUCCCCCUACCCGCUUCAGCACUCCCCCUGCUGUCUGGUAAAAGCAUUGCAGCAGGAGUGGCUGGUGGCCUGUCUGCCAGUAUUAGCUCUUUAGCUGUGUAUGUGGUAGCAGCCCAGCUCCUGAAGACUUCUGUACCCCCAGCGCAUGCCUGUAACAGGGGACUGUGUGUGGAUGGAUUGGGAAGUGUGCUAGCAGGCCUGAUGGGGGCGCCAGUAGGUCUGUGCAGCAGUGUCCCUAAUGCAUGCAUUAUUGGGCUCAGCCAGUCUGGAUCUCGGAGCACAGUGCAGUUUGCUGGGGUGUUGUUGGUAAUUCUGGGUGUGUCUCCACAGCUGGCUCAGAUGUUUUGCUCCGUACCUCUGGCUAUCCAUGGUGCUGUGCUCAGUGUGGCCUACACACUUGCUAUAGCAACAGGCAUAACUUAUUUCCAACAUGCCAAUGUGGACUCAGGACGUAACAUAUUUAACAUUGGCUUUACUGUGUUCAUGUCAUUAGCACUGCCGCGCUGGUUUAGACUUCAUUCCAGUUUUAUCCAAACAGGUGCACCCAGUGUUGAUGUUUUUCUCCAGUGUCUUCUAACAUUACCCGUUUUCUUUGUUGGAGUUUUGGCUUUCUUUCUAGAGCACACGGUUUCAGGAACCCUAUCUGAGAGAGGUCUUGUGUGGCAUGAAGGCACAAAGAAGAUCAAGUCUCUCGCCGAUCAGCAGCAAGGAUACAGCCAUAGCCCAGAUUCAGUAUAUGAUCCACAUCCUCUCAUAAUAAAACUGAUGGAUUUGCCUGGAUUCAGAACUGUCCCCUUCUGUGCCUGCAGAAUAAAUCCUGUUGAAGAAGUGACUGUAACUGUACCGGAGAUGUCAAGCUUAUUAUCUGACAGGGAUGCUGGUGUUGGCACUUCUUGAUUUUUUGCAACUUUUUGUAUUUUAAUUUGUAUUUAAACACUCCUGGUUUGUUUGAUAUAUUGUACUGUUGUAUAAUGUUUGUAACUGGUAUAGCCUUUGAUCGAAUGGUUCUUCAAGGAACCAAACAUAGUUCUUCUGUGGCAUGUCUGUGAAGAAACUUUUAAGCACAUUUAUUGUUAGAGUGUUGAGUUAAGAAUGCUGGGUUGUUUUAACCCAUGGUUGGGUCAAAUAUGGACAUUUAUAGGUUAAAGGUCACCUAAUUUGGGAAGUUUACGUGUCGCCUGUGUGUAUACUUUACCAUGUAAGGAUAAAAAUCUGCCACUACAAACCUCAACAGUCUCAUAGGACAAGCUAUUCUGAGCAAACUGAAGUCACUUUGCAUAGGCCCCGCCCACAACCAUCUUAAUAUCAGAGUUAGGUCAUCAUUUCUCAAUGAAAUCUUUUUUACAUAAUACAUUACUGCACGUUCAUUAUAAACAACAAAUUAAGGUAGUUGUAUAGAAAAAUAAAAAAAAAUCAAUAAGCAGGGAAGCAGCAGCUCAUUUGCAUUUAAAGAGACACACACAAAAAACUGUGUUUUAAGUUUUGGGGACACCUGAGGCUAAUAUGCCACCUUGACAAAUUGCCUGUUAAAACUGUAAAUAGUGAAAGUUAGAUUAACCUAAAUUGGUAACACACUCUUAUUUCUGCUGGGUUAUUUUUAACCCAAUGCUGGGUAAAUAUUGGAGAGAACACAUGUUGGGUUACAAAUAAACCUAUGCUGGGAUGUCGUUAAACCAAACAUGAGUUUAAACAACACAGCAUUGCAUUACAUGACCCAUAGGUUUAUUUAUUAAAUCUUUCCCCACCAGCAUUUUUUUUUUAAUUUGCCAGUCAGCGCCAGCAUUUUUUAUGAUUUUCACAAAAGUUUAAUUCCUUCCAGAAAAUGUUCUUCUUUAAAUAUAAAAGCAUACAAUAUAUCAAAUGAAAGAACAUCUGCUUUCAAACAAAAAAACCCGUUUUUAUCCUAUCUUCAUUUGUUCUCUUUUUAUCACCUCACAAAUAUGGGUAGGUUUCUUCAAAAAUACCAAAUUUUGAGCAAAAAGCUGAAAUAAUUAUAUUUUUGUAAAGGACUUUUGUUAGAGAUCAGAUUCAGAGCGAUGAUCAAAACACACACAACUUUUACUGUUUUGAAUCAGUGGAUGCUCCAGUGUUUUAUAAGUUGUGUAAGAGCACCACCUAGUGGAUAAUGGUGGAAAUAUGGAUUGCCGUAAAAACCCGUCAUUGGCAGGGAAGCGUUUUCUGUUAAUUGAUGAGAUAACUUGUCAAUGGUGGGGAAAGAGUUAACCAAACAUGUGUUCUGUCCAAUAUUUACCCAGCAUUGGGGUAAAAAUAACCCAGCAGAAUUUAAAGUGUACCAAAAAAAUUUGCACUUUAAUUAAUAAUUUUACGUUGAAAAAGCUAACUUUCACUUUUUACAGUGUAGGUGACCUUUAAUUUAAAGGUGCAGUGUGUAAUUUUUAGAAGGAUCUUUUGACAGAAAUGCAAAAUAAUAUACAAAACUAUAUUAUCAGGGGUGUAUAAAGACCUUUCAUAAUGAACCGUUAUGUGUUUAUUACCUUAGAAUGAGACGUUUUUAUCUACAUAAACCGAGGGUACACGGAAGUCGCCAUUUUGUGCCACCAUGUUUCUAUAGAAGCCCUUAACGGACAAACUUUUUACUAAGUUGUCUCCAACGAUGAAAUGUUUGUCCGGUGGCGGCUACUGUAGCUUCUCUAUGUGUUUCAAAAGCGAGGGGUGAGCAGUGGACUGAGCCGUUGGUUGCAACCUCACCACUAGAUGCCGCUAAAAUGUACACACUGCACCUUUAACCGUUAAUUGAAUUAUUUAAUUCAAACCGUUGGGUUUGCCUAUAUUUUACCCAACCAUUAUUUGAAACAACCCAGUAUUUUCUAUAGACGUUUAAUUAAAAUACUACAAACAGAAUUGGUCCCACAAAAAAGACAAAGACACAUAUUU